GCCAUUUAACAUUAACAGGUUAAUUUCAUAGUCCGUUUUAGUAUUUCAUCUAUUAUAACAUUAUUAUAUAAUCAACUUUACAUUUUAUUAUUUUACUUGUAACCACGUAAAGAUGAUGUCAAAUACUGCUCCCGUCGAUCGUCCAAGACGUUAUUUUUAUUUUCAUUUUGUUCUCUUAAGAUUUUUAGGCUUGGGAUGGUGGCAUCAACCAGAUGAAGAAGACACAAGAAACUUUCCAAAUUGGUACAUAUACUACUCCAUUCUUACACAGCUAGUAUGGGUAGCUGGAUUCGUGGGCCUCGAGACUAUUGAUCCUUUCUUUGGCGAAAAAGAUUUAGAUAGAUUCAUGUUCAGUUUAUCUUUCGUGAUCACACACGACCUGACAUUAAUCAAACUAUAUAUAUUUUUCUUCAAAAACAACGAAAUCCAAGACAUUGUACGUACUUUGGAAAUAGAUCUAUAUCAAUAUUAUCAAAAUAAUAAGAAAAAUCAUGCGACGAUUAGAACGACAAAAAUAAUGUCUAGCGCAUUUAUUUUCUUUGGAUGGCUAACUAUUGGAAAUACGAACGUGUAUGGAACAAUACAAGAUUUAAGAUGGAAAGCAGAAGUUGCAGAAUUAAAUGAUACUUCAGUUAAACCAUUAAGAACAUUACCUCAACCCAUUUAUAUACCGUGGAACUACCAGACAGACUCAGCAUAUAUUUCCACAUUCGUUCUCGAAACCGUAGGUCUGCUAUGGACUGGCCACAUUGUUAUGUCAAUAGAUACUUUUAUCGGCUCAGUUAUUCUCCAUAUGAGUUCACAGUUUUCGAUAUUAAGUGAAGCUGUAAUGACGGCAUAUAAUAGGACAAUGCUUCAAUUAUAUGAUGGAGUACGUCAGGACGUAUCAGAAAUUUCAGUUGUUCCUGAAGUUGUAUUCGGCGACAUAAAAACAGCAGAUGAUGUCGAAAGAUUUGUCCGAAGGCGAUAUUCAGAAAAGGAUGUGGAACUAGCAUUACAAAAUACGAUUAGAAACUGUUUUAAGCAGCAUCAGCUACUUAUAAGCUGCGUAGAGAAAUUCCGCCAAACUUACUCGUACGGAUUCAUGACGCAACUUCUCUCCAGCAUGGCAGCGAUUUGCGUCGUAAUGGUUCAAGUUUCGCAAGAUGCGUCUAGUUUUAAAUCCAUCAGACUUGCGACCUCUUUAGCUUUUUUUGUCGCUAUGAUAAUACAACUGGCCAUUCAGUGCUUUACUGGAAAUGAACUUACGUUGCAAGCAGCUAAAGUAGCUGAUGCAGUGAUGCAAAGCAAGUGGGAGCGAAUGCCACCCCGUCUGCGACGCCAUCUUAUCCUGAUGAUGAUGCGAGCUCAUCGGCCUCUCAGACUUACAGCUGCUGGUUUUGCCUACAUGAAUAACGACUGUUUUCUUGCUAUUAUGAAAGCAGCGUACUCAUAUUAUGCAGUCUUGAGUCAGAAACAAGUCUAA